AUCAAUCAUCUUCUUCGUUGCUUCAAAGCCAUGGCGCCUUAUGAGAGACAAUUCAGUGACAAUUAUAUGUUGCUUAAGCCAGAAAAUGCAAGUUUAUAUGAUCUUGUCCGCUUUCUGCUUUCCUCUACAUCAGAAACAAGUAGAUUCAUCCAGCGCACGAAAGAGCAAAAGGAAGAUUUUUGUCGCCGAUGGGUCAUAUUCAUCUCCCUCUUUGUGCAGAAACUCCUCCUGUACUGGGGAAAGCCCAUGGUCCAAAUAGGAAAUAUGCUGGAGCUGUGGCUAAAUCUUCUUUCACGAAACGGGGGAUUUCUCAUGCUGUUGUUAAAUAUCUUAAAAGGAAAUUUUGUGUGGCCGGAGAGGUCAUCGGCAACUUUCACAUCUGUGGUCGGAAACCUUGAUCAAAGAGUGGAAUUAGACAGAAGCAUUAGACCUGGUAACCCAAAAUAUAAUGCAUCCCUUGCUAUGAUGGCCUCCAAAUUGGCAUACGAAAAUGAAGCAUUCGUUCAAACCACAGUCAGAAAUCAGUGGAGUAUGAAAUACUUGGGAUUCUACAACUUCUGGAACGAUUUCCUAGGACAACAUUCAACUCAAGCCAUGAUGUUCCAAGAUACAAGAGCUCAACCUAACCUGAUCGUGGUUGCAUUUAGGGGCACCCACCCAUUCGAUCCAAUAGCAUGGCAGACAGAUGUUGAUCUCUCGUGGUUUGAGCUGAAGGGGGUAGGUAAUGUUCACAGUGGCUUUAUGAAAGCUCUGGGCCUACAGAAGGACAAAGGGUGGCCGAAAGAAAUAGAAAAAGGAGGAAGUAACCAACCACAAUUUGCUUACUACGUAAUCAGACAAAGGCUGAGAGACAUAUUGCAAAACAAUGAGAGCGCGAAAUUUAUAGUAACGGGACACAGCUUGGGCGGAGCAUUGGCGAUUCUGUUUGUGAGCGUUCUAGCAAAACAUGAGGAUAAGAUGCUGCUAGAGAGGCUGGAGGGGGUGUACACGUUUGGGCAACCAAGGGUGGGAGACAAGCAACUGGGGGAAUACAUGAAGGAGAAGUUGAACAAGUACGAUGUAAGGCAUUUGAGGUAUGUUUACUGCAAUGACAUGGUGCCUAGGAUCCCUUAUGACGAUGAAACUCAUCUCUUUUAUAACCACUGGGCGCCGUGCCUCUACUACAAUAGCUGCUGCUAUAAUGGGGAGGUUCGGGACGAGCCGAAUAAGAACUACUUUGCAUUAUUAUGGGCGAUACCGAAGCGUGUAAAUGCAGUUUGGGAGCUGCUCCGGAGUUUCAUAAUCCCACAUACAAAGGGUCCGGGCUACAAAGAAAGUUGGUCAAUGAAAAUUGUUAGGGUGGUUGGAUUGGUAUUCCCAGGAGUUGCAGCACAUUGUCCUCAAGAUUAUGUUAACGCUACCCGAUUGGGAUCCUUACCUCAAGAUCUUCAAAGCCCGGUAGAUAUGGAGCCGCUGCCAUACAGAUUAUCCAUGCGGAAGGGCAAGAAUUAAUUUU